AUGGGUCUCCUGGAGCUGGUGGCCUCAAACAUUGUUUUGCAAAUCGUUCGACUGAUGGCAUUCCUGAGGCUGCUGGUGUUGCUGAUUGUCGGUGUUGCGGUUGCUGGAGCGGACUGCGGUCCCAAAGAGGGCGUCUUCAAGUGUCCGGACGUUUGCAGAGAGGAGGUGCGGGACGCCGGCGGCUACGGACGUCAGGUGACGUUCGUCGGGUCGACGCUGUUCUUGGACUGCGUUCAUCAGGAGGAUCUCAAGGAGGUGAAGCUGGUGUUGCCGACGGUCUGCGUCGGGCGUUGUGUUGACAUGGAUUGUGUUGUGACGCCGUGGAGGUGGUGCAAGGAGGUUGUGCCCCCCGAACCGGAGAGCUUGACAGCAGCAGUUCCGCCGGUGGUUGAUGAGCCUCGCCCAGUGGCGCCGACGGCCAACCUGGCUGUCGUCCACGUGCUGGCAAGCAAAACGCCGUUCGUGGUUCACUCGCCGCCCUUGACGCAGCAAAGCAUCGUAGUGGCCCAAGAGGUGCCACACGUCAUUAGGGCACCGUCGUUGACGCAGGAGGUGAUGGUCAACAUCAAACAUGGUGUUGCGCACGUUGAGGCGGACGUGGACCCGUGGACGGCCAUGGUCCUGGUCUUUAUGGGCCUUGGAGGUGCUGGGGCUACGUCUUUGGCUGUCUCCUAG